AACAGCAUGGAGAGCAGCAGCACCGCGUCGGCGCACGUCCGGCGGCAUACCGGCGGCGACAGCCGGUGGGACGCCAUCCAGCUGGCCACGACGUCCCUGGAGGCGCCGCUGAACCUGUGCCACUUCCGGCUGCUCAAGCGCCUGGGCUACGGCGACAUCGGCAGCGUGUACCUGGUGGAGCUCCGCGGUACGUUGGCCUUCUUUGCCAUGAAGGUGAUGGACAAGGCGUCCAUCAUCAGCCGCAACAAGAUGGCCCGCGCGCAGACGGAGCGCGAGAUCCUCGGCCUUCUCGACCACCCCUUCCUCCCCACGCUCUACACCCACUUCGAGACCGACAAGUUCUACUGCCUGGUCAUGGAGUACUGCAGCGGCGGCAACCUCCACUCGCUCCGCCAGAAGCAGCCUGGCAAGCACUUCUCCGAGCCCGCCGCCAGGUUCUACGUCGCCGAGGUGCUGCUCGCCAUGGAGUACCUCCACAUGCUGGGGAUCGUGUACAGGGACCUCAAGCCGGAGAACGUGCUGGUCCGGGACGACGGCCACAUCAUGCUCUCCGACUUCGACCUCUCGCUGCGGUGCAGCGUGUGCCCGACGCUGGUCAAGUCGUCCAGGGGCGGAGCGGACGCCGCGGACGGCGACGUCCUCACAGCCAACCAGGGGUGCAUCCAACCGUCGUCCUUCUUCCCGCGCAUCCUGCCGCGGCGCAGCCGGAAGCCGUCCAAGAGCGAGCUGGGGCUCAGCGGGCCGCCGGCGGUGGAGUUCAACGCGGAGCCGACGGACGCGCGGUCCAUGUCCUUCGUCGGCACGCACGAGUACCUGGCGCCGGAGAUCAUACGCGGCGAGGGCCACGGCAGCGCCGUCGAUUGGUGGACGCUCGGCAUCUUCCUCUACGAGCUGCUGCACGGCUGCACGCCGUUCAAGGGCGCCGGGAACCGCGCCACGCUCUGCAACGUCAUCGAGCAGCCGCUCCGGUUCCCCUCCGACGCCGCCGGUGGCGGGCCGCCCACCAGCUCCGUCGCCAAGGACCUCAUCCGCGGCCUGCUCGUCAAGGAGCCCCAGAAGCGGAUCGCCUUCACCAGGGGCGCCACGGAGAUCAAGCAGCACCCCUUCUUCGAGGGCGUCAACUGGGCGCUGGUGAGGAGCAUGAACCCACCGUCGGUGCCGGAGCCGGUGGACUUCCGGCAGUAUGGGGCCGGCAAGGAGAAGAAGGCGGCCGAGACGGCGGCCGUCGAGGCGGCGCCGGCCGGUCACGCCGCGAAGUCAAACUCCGGCGAUUCCUACACGGAUUUUGAGUACUUCUAG